AUGGGUAAAACAAAAAACAAGGGUGCUAAGAAAGAAACGAGCCAAGCACCAGCAACAAAAUCCUCCAACACCAAAGCGGCCUCGAAGUCGCCUGCGACCUCAAUCAUCACAGUCACCACAACUUCUGCUUUAGCCAAAGAUCCAACAAUCGGUUACAGAGUCCGAGUCCUUCUAUAUGACUUCAUCAAUGUCAUGAAAGACCCCAAUUCCGAGAAACGCAUCAAUUCCACAACCGACGAAUACUAUAUCAGCGAUCCGUAUUUCGACGAGACCCAAGCUGCGACGCUCAAAGCUGCAAUUGUAGAUGUCGACCUUAGUGAGCUUGAUGAGGCUGAUGAUAUGGUUCAACUAUCACAAGGGCAGAGCUUCGAAACCGCGGUUCGAGCUGUGCUGAGCAAUUUCAUUGAUAAACGACGCGCGAGCGGCGAUGCUCGACCGUGCGGGCCACAUCACCUCGCUCCUAUGUAUGCGAGGUUCUUUGGAGUUGAUAUGGACGAGUUGAAGGAUGGCAAGUUCUUGGGUCGGUUGAGGAGAGCAGGAGUAUGA